AUGCUAGAAGAGACCAUCGCCCUCAACGAGAAAAUAGAUGAAAUAUCCGAGGAAGUCCGUCUUCGGACUGCAGACAUAUUAGACCUGAAGAAGGCUCUCCGCGAGGAGUCGUUGAACGCUCGCAAAUUAUCCGUGGCGCUGGACGCGACGCGCGCCGAGCGGAACAUGCUCCACAAGAACUACACGGAAGCGCUGGACGAAAUACAGGACUUGAAGCAGAAACUUAAGAUGCUGGCUUAUCAAAUUGAGCAACUGAAGGAGGAUAUCAGCGGGAAAGAAGUCGGUCUCAAAACUUGCGAAGGGACGCUUUCUAAAUGUAACAAAAAGAACGAGCAACUACGCGCGGAGGUCCAGAACGGUCAGGCCAAAUUGGCGGAGGCCAGAGUCGAGAUAACGGCGCUGAAACAGGAGGAAGCCAGACUAAACAGGAUCGUACAGGAAGGUGACGCGGCAAGGGCCAAGCUGAUGAAGGAACUCGAAGGGCUAAUGAACGAGAGGGACGUGGUCGGAGCACAGCUGGUCCGGAGGAAUGACGAGAUCGCGCUACUGUACGAGAAGAUUCGGAUCUUAGAGGUCACGCUGCAACGGGGGGAAAGACAAUACGAACAGAGAGUGGAGGAUAUAAGAUUGCUGCGCUUGGAAAUAAUAAGACUUCGUAAGGAGAAGAAUCUGUUGUCGAAGGGAAUCGAGAACAUGACGGACUUGAGGCUUGAGGUAUUCAAUUUGGAACGUGAGCUCGGCAGGGAGAGACUUCGGGUGCGGGCCCUGGAGGAGGCUCUGGAGACUCCGCUGAACGUGCAUCGCUGGAGGAAGCUACAAGGAACUGACCCCGAGAGUGUGCAACUUACACAGAAGCUCCGCCUCACGCAAAAGAAGGUAUUAGCCCAAAGCGAAAUGUUGGUACUGAAAGAUCGCGAACUGAAAGAGACCAGGAAUUUAUAUUCUGCCGUCAAGGACAUGCUGGCACUGCAGCCUAGUCCGGAAAUACAGCAAACAUUAAACAGAACACAGAGGGCGCUGGCUCAGCGAACAUCUAAAAUGAAGUGUCUCAUUGCUGAACUAAGCAUGCGCGAGAAACAAGCGACAGACCUUCGUCUGGAAUUAGACCGUUUGAACGCGGAUCUUCAAUCGUACAAACAGAAAUACUACGAGUUGAAGCGGGCACUCGACGCAGACGAAGCGAGAAGAUUAAAAGUUCCGACGCCCGUCACAACUCCUGCUGCGCCGAUUUCAUAAUUCGAAAAUCAUUAAUUCUUAAUUGUCAUCAUUCAUUGUCUUGUCGUGAAUUAUUUAUUGUCUCUAUUGGUAUUUUUCGAGCCUUCCAUGACAUUAAUAGAUUGAGGAAACUUUCAAAAAUCGCAAUUAAUGUUGCCCGUUUUAAAAAUACUUGUUAAUGGCGAUCGUCCAUAAACCAAACUUUUGUAGACAGUCGGGAAUGAAAAAUUAAACUAAGUAAGCCAGUUUUCCUCAUUUAUAGGAUAAAUCGAACUAUCCUAAUCUUAAUCACAUUCGUACUCUCAAUGACUUAAGCCGAAUGUAAAAUGCAGAUGGAGUGUCAGGAGCUUCUUGUAGCCACAUCACUGUUCCAUUUCAUACAAAAUGUUCUACAUCUAUGUACAUUUAUUUUAGCACUAAGCUUCGUCUGGAAUCAUGAAAUCUGUUAAAAUAUAAUAAUAUAGUAAUCAUGGACAAUGAUAAUGUCACGGGCACAGCAUGUAUACAGUUAAUGUUAUUUAUUAAACAUGUUUUGUACCCUUUAUUCAUGUAACGAAAUGCCAAAAUUAAUUAGUUUAGGGGCAUCUGUAUUGAAGGUGUGUCUGAUCUCUUGGACCAAAUGUUUUUAUGUUAAAUAUCAGAUUGUUAUUGUGAUAAUUUUAGUUGGAAUG